AUGGCAGUCCCUCGAGCUCUCCGACUGCAGCAGCAGCGGCAAAAGGAGGAACUGCGAGCUCGAGAGGCUUCGCAGCAGCCAGGGAACGUGGUGGUCAUACUUCCCAUAGUCACGGCCUCAGUCACGGCGCGCACAGCCACUGUGACUCCGUUAACGCAGGAGGAGAAGGACGAGCUGGAGGUGGUGAAGACCCCAGGCCUGCUCGCACCCAUGAGCAUUUCAGUCAGGCAAAUGCCCGACAAUCCCGAGGAGUUUGAGAACCUUGGCUCCAUGCGCACGCGCUUCUCCCCAGCCCUCGUCUACAACCUUCUCAGAAACUUCGAGGAUGCUCCACGUGUUUUUAAGAACAUCGCCCACUGUGACGUGGACCCACUGGAAGAGCCUGGCACCUUUAGAGUCACACAGCACGUCAAGUGGCGCUUCCUGUUUCUCUCCGGCACAUUCGCCACCACACUCAUCUGCCAACGAAAUGAUGGAGCAAGAUCAGUCAAUUUCACACUGGCGGAGCCUGGCUUUAUGAAGGCUUUCAAAGGAGGCUGGACUAUUCACGACCUGAGCCCUCCCAAGCCGUUGCCCCUUGCACCUCCAUCUACUCCGCCUUCCAAGGUAGCUCUGAAGCCCAGCUUCCUUCAGUCGCUGGCAGCAGCACUUCCAGGGGCGGCUGCCACAGCAGCUGAAACAGCAACUCCUUCUGGGGUUGCUGAAGGAGCAGGAAGUGGGAUGCCUCCUAGCGGGUCGCUGAUUGAGAUGUGGCAGCUGUCUCAGCCUGCAAUGGUUCCCCCUCGACCACUUUGCCUUGCGAACAUGUCUGUUUCCCGCUCGUCCGCACAGCCUGCGGUUAGCCGCGUCGUCACGCCAGUCGCAAAGCGAGUGUGCGACCUGACAGGAAAGAGGCGCAACAACGGGUACUCGGUGUCAUUCUCAAACCACCGCACCAAGAAGGUGCAGCAGCCGAACCUGCAGUACAAGCGUGUGUGGUGGGAGGAGGGGCAGCGGUACGUGCGCCUCAAGCUGAGCACCAAGGCGAUCAAGACACUCGAGUGGAAGGGGCUCGAUAAGAUGGCCAAGGAGGCUGGCAUUGAUCUUAGCAAGUUCUGA